AUGUCUUGGUUAUUAAAACAAGCAGAAGAUAUUCUCAAUCGUGUUGAUCAACAAACAAAUGCAGCAAUUAAUCAACAUGCUAUAAAACCAACAUCACAACAAUCAAAUGAAGAAUCAGCAUUAGAUUCUUCUCCAUUAAAUACAUCAAAUAAAUCAACUUCAAAUUCAAAUUCAAUAAAUCGAUUAAACACUGGCAAUCGUCGUUCGAAAAAAACAAACGAUACCGAUCUUAUCGACUAUCUUAAUACUCCAACAUCAGUAAAUAAUAAAAAUAAUCGUAAUGCACCAUUGAACAAUGUAUUCAAUGAUACAACACGUACUUCUAGUUCACCUAACAUGCUUGUUGAUGAUAUAUCAGAAACUACGGAACAAUCUUCAUCAAAAUCAGCUUCAAAUACACCACGAUCAAUAACACCUGCCGUACAAUAUCAAGAUGAAGAUGAAGGUCUUGUUCUAAAUGUUCCAUCAACACAAGACACACCUAAUAAUAACACUGAUAUUGAUUCAAAUCCAUCAUCAAGCCUUAAAGAUGAAAUUAUUACUUCACUUCAAACUGAAAUUCAAACUUUGAUGCGUGAUAAACGUCAAUGUGAAAAUGAUUUACAAACAUAUAAACGUCAACAGAUUCAACAUCAACAUCAGAUAGCAGAAUCUGAUGCAUUAUUACGUGAUUUACGUUCACGUGAUACAGAUGCAUCUGAAGCAUUAUCUGCAAAAGAUUCUCAAAUAGCAUUACUUCGUAUUCGUUUAGCUGAAUCCGAUGAGUUAGCCAAAACAAAAAAUUCUCAAUGUGAACAAUUACAAAGUCAAUGUGCACGUAUACUACAAGAUCAUACAGAUUCAUCUGGUAUACAAUCACAAGCAUUUGAUUCUUUACAAUCACGUAUAACACAAUUAGAACAAGAAGUACAACAACGUUCAAAUGAAAAUGAACGUCUUAUUGAAGAAAAACAUUCAUUCGAAAAACGUUCAAAUGAUGAACGACAACAAUUACUUGAACAACUAAAAGCAGCUGAAAAACGUUUAAAUGAUGAACGUUUUCAAAUUCAUGAACAACAACAACAAACAAAACAUGCCAAAAAUUUAAUUCAUCAAUUAGAACAAGAUAUGAACGAUUAUAAAGCUAAAGCACAAAGAAUUUUACAAACAAAAGAUAAAUUAAUUGUUAAACUUAAAGAAAUUGUACAACAUAGAACUAACACAUCUUCAAGUGGAGAUCAAUCUGACGCGGAUUUACUUAGUACCAAUGACGAUUCAAGUCUUAUGGAUGUUAAUCUUGUUGGUAGUUCACCUAUAUCAUCAUCAACACCUUCUAAUUGGGCCUAUGUUCAAUAUGAAGAAAUAAAAGUUGAAAAUGAAUUAUUCAAACAAGAAUUACAAGCACGUGAAGUAACUAUUCAUACACUACGUAGUGAACUUCAAGAAGCUGAGUCACUUACUCAACAUGCUGAUGAUCAAUUAUAUGAACAAACAAAUCAUUUAAAUGAACAAUUAAAAGAAGAACGUGCACGUUUAGCAUUAGCUGAACAAGAUUAUCGUAAAUUAAAACAAGAAUUAACUUAUAUGCAUGAAGAAUCUCAUAAACAAAAACAAACGCAUUUAACACAAUUAAAUGAACGUGAACGUGAAUUGGAACGUCUUCGUUUACAAUUAACAGCUAAAUCAAUAAAUCAUGUUAAUGAUGAUGAAUUAGAAAAACGUUUACAAACAUUAACUGAAUCUUUAAUACAUAAACAAACAAUUAUUGAAACAUUACAAACAGAUAAAAGUUCUUUAACAAUGCAAUUAGAACGUUUAGAGAAGCGUUUAGAUGAUUAUGAGAAAAUUUCUUCAACAACAACAACAAAUAAUUCUCUACAACAAUCAUCAAAACGUUUUCAAACAGGAACAUCAGUAGCAAUUGAUAUGGAUACUAAUGGAAUAUAUGAUAAUGAUCAUGAGGAUAAUCUUCGUUAUCGAAUACCAUUAUUACGUGAAACACCAUAUGAUCCUGAUAUAGCAAAAAAAGUUAAACGAGCUGCUAAUGAAAUUGAUAAACUUGGUAUUCGUUUGGGAAUAUUUUUAAAACGUUAUCCAGCUGUUCGUCUUGGUGUAUUUUUUUAUGCUAUACUUCUUCAUUUAUGGACAUUGAUUGUACUUUUUACAUAUACACCAGAAGUUCAUGGAAAUAUGCAUCCACUUGAUAUGUCACAUAAAUCUUAA